UUAUUGAAUAAAAUGGAGUCCGUAAAGUUUUAAAAGGUGAGUGAUUAAAUUGAUACUACGUAUUUUCUUGCUGGAGACAGAAAAUGCCCCAUGAAAGGCAAGAAAACUUAAAAUUUUAUCACUCGGGCUGAUUAAUCAUCCCAAUCCCCCCGGUAGCUAAUGCUAUAAGCAGUAAACACGUCCAAUUUGGAAUUACUCCUCCGGAAAUCUAACAGCUGGAAAAAAGCACCAAACUGCCACUUAGUGAAGAAAUGUUUUCACACCAAGAGUUUGAGUAUUUUCUUGGUUGAUUGAUGCAUUUGAUUUCUGAAAUCUUCAUUGUGAGGCCAAAUUCACCUUCUAAAGGAAACUAAGAGCUACUUUUAUGUUUAAUUCCAGGGUAAGUGCUCUUGAAUUAUAUAUACUUGGCAUGUACCUAGGUUUUGAUUAUUGGUUUGGGGUUAGUUGGGUGUGAAUGGCUGUUACCUCUGAAGAACUUAGUAGACAAAACCCAAUUGAUCCAUCCCCUUUGCUCAUGGAGGGAGGAGAAAAUGGUCAAAAGGAAGAACACGUCAUUAAUAUAGAACGAGUGGGUGAUGCUUCAUCAUCAGAUUCUUCUGAUUAUGAAACUCCACAUGGACUGAGUCCACCUCAUCAUGAAGAUAGGCCUUCUUCAUCUUCAUCAACUCGUUCAAAUUCGCAAAAUCCCAUGGUCACAAGGAGAGGUGAAGGAUUAGGUCACCAUUUGAGCCCUUUUAAUAUCUUAUUGUGGAUGACCAUUGAGCUCUCUUUCACUCUAGGAAAAAUCAUAGCUGCCAUUGUUGUAUUAUCCAUAUCAAGGCAUGAAAAGCCGCAAACUCCAUUGUUUGCUUGGGUUGUGGGGUAUGCGGUUGGGUGUGCUGCAAGUCUUCCUCUCCUGUAUUGGCGUUAUCACCAUCGUGGUCAGGCCACUGGAUGGGGCCCGGCUCAAGGUUCACGCAGAGUUAGUUCCACAUCGGAUCCCAACUCUUAUAUUACAUUCUCCUUGACCCAGUCUUCUGAGGAUGAAGGUGGCCAUAAUGCAACUGAUAACGAUGAAGCUCGAAAUGCAAGGAUUGUUGCAUUUGCGAGCCACUUCAAAAUGGCAUUGGAUUGCUUCUUCGCAGUUUGGUUCGUUGUUGGAAAUGUUUGGAUCUUUGGAGGGCAUUCUUCCUCCUCUGAUGCUCCCAAUUUGUAUAGGUUGUGUAUAGUUUUUCUCACCUUUAGUUGUAUCGGGUAUGCCAUGCCUUUCAUCUUGUGUGCAAUGAUAUGUUGCUGCCUUCCCUGUAUCAUAUCAUUCCUUGGUGUUCGUGAAGAUAUGAAUGGAAUGAGAGGGGCAACUGAAGAAUGUAUUAAUGCUCUGCCCACUUAUAAGUUCAGACCAAGGAAAAAUGGAGAGAAUGGAUCUGGUGCUGAAGGAGCCGGUUUUUUGGAAGCUGGUAUGGAUAAGGAACGAUCCAUAUCUGGUGAAGAUGCUGUGUGUUGUAUAUGUCUGUCUAACUACGAGGAGGACGAUGAGGUGAGGGAGUUAACUUGCUCCCAUUUCUUCCAUACUGAAUGUGUGGAUAAGUGGUUGAGAUUAAAUGCAUCCUGCCCGCUCUGCAAAUGUGAGAUUGGAGCUGAAAGUGAAAACUCUCCAUCGGCAGCUGAAGUUAGUCAACAAGUGUGAUGUGAUAAAUGCUUCAAGAGAUAUUGAAAACCCCCAUUACUGCAACAAGUGAAGCGGUCUUGUGGUGAUUGGUGAUUGAAGAUGCAGGGAAGCUUACGGAGUUACGGUGGCAGAUUUCCAAGUAGAGGUGUCAUUGCUUUGCUAUUUUCAUGUGUUGCUACUUGUAACUUUUAAGUGAUAGAAACCAGAUAACAAUUAGGGAAAAAGAAUUGGUGUGGUGUAAAUUAUGUUUUUAUAUUUAUUUUUUUCAGAAUGAAAUAAGGAAGUUCAGCAACUCAGUUUAUU